CAGGCGGCGGUGUAGACUGUGUUUUUGGGUGGUGAUUGCAAAGGUCUGUCAAAGCUAGAUCUCUUGAAUUCCAAUGCUUCCAUCUCCCUCUCUCUCCCCCUCUCUCUCCUUCUCUCAGCAUCCAGCAGCUGCGCCUCUCAUGCCUUUCCUGACGCUGAGCGAAGCCUCCCAUACAGAUGAGCGCCUGGAAGCCACGCACCUCUUGACGUAGCUACAGACCGGUUGCGGUGCCACUCUGUCUCCGUAGCACGUAUUGCGCAACGUGACCGCUGCUCAACUGGCACCACGGCGGGCACAUCCGGCUCCCACCGUCGCCUGAAAUCGCCAAAAAGUGGUGUGGUGACGCCGAGACAACCGAAAGCAUCGCCGGGGAGCUGUGGAUAAACCAUCCGGCUGCUCCUGACCGGUCUGGACCCUCCCCUCCCCUUGCCUUUCUUUCUUUUUUUUUCUUUUUUUUUGCCACCGGGAGAGAUGAGUCGAGCGCGCGGCAUCGGGGUGCAGUCGGGAUGUGACUAUGUGAGCGCGAGAGCCUCCACUGUAUACAGCAGCAGCUGGACUACUUUAAAGCGCAGAAGGUGAAAAGUGACAAAUCUGUCAGUGUUUUUAUUAUUAUUAUUAUCAUUAUAAUUACUAUUAUUAUUAUUAUUAUUAUUAUUAAGCAGAGGAGGUGCUUUCGUUUGACAGCUCGCAGUCACCGCAGCAGUAAGCAGCAGCAGCAGCCGUGGAGAGAGCUAUGUUCGUGGGUACCGAGCCGCAAUCCGCUUGUAGUCGAAAGAACCUGCGUGUCCCCGCGGGUCUUUGCUAAAGUCUACGGAAUCGGUGGAGCUCACCUACCUGCAGUGGAGGAGAGUUUUUUUUUUUUGUUGUUCCAAGGCCAGGCUUUCUGCAGCCCCACUCCCCGCGCCUGCCUGCUUCUCCACGUCCUCCGUGGUGGUUGUGUCUCCGCGAGCGCUCCGCAUUUUUUGGACUGCGUGACACUUCCCAUUAAACCGACCGUUACCUGACUCUGUUCUCCUGCUGCUCCCAUACAUACCUUUACAGCGAACAGUUGGCGGAGGGAGGGGUGGGGGAGUCGGGGUCUAAAUCAAUCUUACGUGUGGAUCGGAGCGGUGCCCGUGUCUAUGCACCUCAGCCACACCGCCCCGGAAAGGACUUCUCGCUUUUGAGAGCUGGAUAUGCAGAGAUUAACGUGAAAAGGAUGGAUCUAACUAUCUGUGUUUUGGGGCUGUUGGCGCUCAUCGUGGACGGCAUCCGUUGUCAGGGAGUGUAUGCACCUCCUACGGUCCGCAUUAUACACUCGGGGCACGCCUGUAAUGUUGAAGAGGAGAGGCACACCGAGAGAGUCUACACCAUACGAGAAGGGGAGACCCUGGAGCUCACCUGUCUGGUGACAGGUCAUCCUCGACCGCAGAUACGGUGGACAAAGACAGCUGGUAGUGUGUCAGAUCGUUUUCAGGACUCCAGCGUCUUCAACGAAACGUUGCACAUCGCAAAGAUCCAGAGGACCCAGGGAGGCCGCUACUACUGCAAGGCUGAGAACGGCCUUGGAUCUCCUGCCAUCAAGUCCAUUAGGGUGGACGUCUACUACCUUGAUGACCCGGUGGUGACAGUGCACCAGAGUAUAGGAGAAGCUAAGGAACAGUUCUACUAUGAGAGAACUGUAUUCCUGCGCUGUGUGGCUAACUCCAACCCACCUGUCCGCUACAGCUGGCAUCGUGGGAGAGAGGUCCUGACGCAAGGCUCAGACAAGGGUGUGGAGAUCUAUGAGCCAUUUUUCACACAGGGGGAAACGAAGAUUCUGAAGCUGAAGAAUCUGCGUCCCCAAGACUACGCUAACUACAGCUGCAUCGCCUCUGUCAGAAAUGUGUGUGGGAUUCCUGACCGCAGUGUUAUCUUCAGACUUACCAAUAAGACAGCAUCCCCGUCCAUCAAACUGCUGGUAGAGGAUCCUAUUGUGGUGAAUCCAGGACAGACAGUAUCCUUGGUUUGCAUCACUACUGGAGGUGAGCCACCUCCCAUUCUCACCUGGGUCAGCAGUAAUGACAGCCUGCCACAAAGAAGUGUGGUGAAGGGCGGCACACUUACGCUUCCGGCCAUCACCUCAGAUGAGGCGGGGGUCUACAGCUGCGUGGCCAGCAACAAUGUGGGAAACCCUGCUAAGAAGUCCACUACCAUUGUAGUGCGAGCUUUGAAAAAGGGACGAUUCUGGAUCACUCCAGAUCCCUACCACAACGAUGACCACAUCCAGAUUGGACGGGAAGUAAAGAUAUCCUGUCAGGUGGAGGCAACACCUCCAGAGGAGCUGACAUUUAGCUGGCUGAAGAAUGGCCGUGCCCUGCGGAGCUCAGAGCGUAUGGUCAUCACCCAGACAGAUCCUGACAUCUCACCUGGAACCACCAACCUGGACAUCAUAGACCUGAAAUUCACUGAUUUCGGCACGUACACCUGUGUGGCUGCUCUGAAGGGAGGAGGCAUCCCGGAGAUCAGCAUCGAUGUCAACAUCUCAUCCACAACUGUCCCUCCUUUGUUUUUCUCUUUCUUAGUUCCCCCCAACCUGACAGUCCCACGGGGCAAGUCUCCCCUGGUGGCCCGCGAGGGUGACACAGUGGAGCUGGAGUGCCUUGUUUCAGGGAAGCCCAAGCCGAUCAUCCUGUGGUCGCGAGCGGAUAAGGAAGCGCCCAUGCCAGACGGCAGCAUGCAGAUGGAGAGCUACGACGGCGUGCUGCGUAUUGUUAAUGUGUCCAGGGAGAUGACGGGCUCGUACCGCUGCCAGACCAGCCAGUAUAAUGGGUUCAACGUGAAGCCCCGGGAGGCCAUAGUGGAGCUGAUUGUACAAUACCCUCCAACAGUGGAGCCUGUUUUCAUGGAGAUGCGUCAGGGUCUUGGAAGGCCCGUAGUGAUGACCUGCAGAGUGCUGCGAGCCCACCCCUCCCGUGUGUUGCGCUUCGAGUGGCUUCUCUCUAACCGGCUGCUCCACGCGGGAGCUUUUGACGCCCAGCGAGAUGAGACGGAGUACACCAUCCGCAGCCUAAAUCGUGAUGGCUGGGGCGAGUACACCUGUAAUGUCAUCAAUGAGGCUGGAGCAGGCAAAUGCACUUUCCAGGUUACAGGGAAAGCCUACCCCCCGGAGUUCUACUAUGAUACCUACAACCCUCUGUGGCAGAACAGGCCAAGGGUCUAUGGCUUCAAGCUACAGUGGACCCAGAUGAACCCAAAUGCUGUGGACCGUAUUGUUGCCUACAGACUAGGCAUCAGACAGAUGGGGCUCCAGCGCUGGUGGGAGCAGGAGAUCCCAGUGGAUGGAACAAUCAACAAAGGAGAGCUCAUGACACAUAACCUGACUGAGCUGAUAAAGCCCGAGUCUUACGAGGUGCGCCUCACGCCCAUCACGCGUUUCGGCGAGGGGGACUCCGCCAUCCGUAUCGUCACCUACAGUGCUCCCAUCAACCCUCACCUGAGAGAGUUCCACUGCAGCUUUGAGGAGGAGCCCAUCUGCAUGUUCACCCAGGACAAGAAUGAUGAUUUUGACUGGACGCGACACAGUGCAGCCACCCGCGACACCAAGUAUACACCCAACACUGGCCCUAGUGGUGAUCACAGUGGCUCCAAGCAAGGUUUCUACAUGUACAUCGAGACGUCAAGACCGCGCAAGGAAGGAGACCAAGCACGGCUUAUAAGUCCAUUUUUCAACGUAGCACCUAAAAACCCUUACGGUAUCACCAAUCCACCUGCCUACUGCUUUGGCUUCUUCUACCACAUGUAUGGGAAACACAUAGGAACGCUAAAUGCAUUCCUAAAGCAAAAGGGUCAAACGGCUUCAGAAGGCCUCGUGUGGUCGCUAAGUGGCAAUCAAGGUGACCGCUGGAAGCAGGCCAAAGUAAGCAUCCACCCAACAUCGUCUUUCCAGGUCGUACUUCAAGGGAUUCGGGGACCAGGCAUUGAAGGAGACAUUGCUAUUGAUGAUAUCACGCUGGAGGAAGGGGAGUGUCGAGACCCGCCGCCCAAUCUCAGCGCCAAGGCUCUGUCCACAUCCUGCCAUAUAUGGCUGCUAUGUGUCACCUUGGUGCUGACCCUCCUGGAAGGUCAAAGGUGACCCAUUUCUCCAUCAUCUCAGAGGCGAAUAUUCAGAGCCGCCGUCUGUGAGCUGUACCCUCAACAUCCAAUCACCAAAGAUUCAUGCAUCCUGAAAGCAGCGGGGUCCCCCCAUGGACUGCAGACCACAGAAAGGCCGCAGUUAUUAAAUGAGCGAGAGAGAAAAAAUAA